AUGCGGCAGCGGGAGACGAAGGAGGCGGUGGCGCGCAGGACGCUGGCGGAAUUCGAGACGCAGAUCGAGGAGACGGCGCGGCGCACGGGGGACGCGACGACGAGAGCGCGGGUGGAGCGCAUGCUGAAGCGCUUGCCGAAGCAGUACGCCAUGGAUGUGAAUUUUAUAGAGGAUGUCUUGGCGCACGCGGAACUUUUGGGUAGGGUGGAGCAGGAAUUGCAAGCGAUGGGGGUCUCGUCGGUGUACUGCUCGGUGCGCGAGGUGGAGGUGGGACGGGCGGCGUUCGGGUCACAUGAAGACAUGAUGGACACGGACGGAGGGAUCGAGCAACUGAACGUCACGGCGGAUAACGGGAUACCGAUUCGCGCGGACUCUCCGGCUGGGAAGCCACGCGGCCCGACGUUCGGCUCAAGUCUACAGAUGACGUCGUCGCUCGGAGGGGACCCCUCGCGCGGGAGCGCGGGCAUGUACGAGGUGGCCGUCGCGGCCGGUAAUAAACCGCGUUUGCUCUCUCGAGUCUCCGCGGUACUCUUCGAUGUAGGUCUGAACAUAGCAGAGGCGCACGUUUUCUGCACGGAUGAUGGACUGGCGUUGGACAUUUUUGUAGUCACGGGAUGGAAGCGAGGGGAGGAGGCGGCGGUGGGUCACGCGGUGCAAACCGCUCUCGACGCCGCGGAUUUCUCCGAUAUCGUUCCAGCGUCUAGAAAUGCCAGCGCGGCGACGCCCAGCGCUGAUGAGGGAAGGAUGUCCGCGGGGUCGCACGGCCGUUCGACGUCGAAUGAUUCAGUGUCGAUCGACGGCGGCGAGUGGGAGCUCAAGGAGAGCCAACUCGUCUUCAACGAGAAAAUCGCGAGCGGCGCGUUCGGUCUUUUGUACCGAGGAAGUUACUGCGGACAAGAGGUCGCGAUCAAGGUGUUGAAGAGCAACGCGCAGGAAGGUAACGCCGGGAACGAGACGAUGCGCGAAUUCGCGCAAGAGCUCAGCAUUUUGCGCAGAGUGCACCACAAGCACAUCAUCCAGCUCAUCGGCGCGCUGACCAAGCAAAAAACCAUGUGCCUGGUCACAGAGUUUAUGCAUGGCGGUAAUGUGCUGCAGUUCGUUCAAGAGCACGCGUUGAAACUUCACGAGAUUAUUCGUUUCUCUCUGGGCGUCGCCAUGGGCCUCGAUUACCUACACAAAAUCAACAUCAUCCACCGCGACAUCAAGACGGCAAAUUUGCUCCUUGACGAAAACAGUGUGGUGAAGAUUGCCGAUUUCGGCGUCGCUCGCCUCCAACCGACAGACGGCUCUACAAUGACUGCCGAAACCGGUACCUACCGCUGGAUGGCACCGGAGGUCAUCGCCCACGGAUUUUACAACGAGAAGGCUGAUGUGUACUCGUACGGUAUCAUGGUUUGGGAGCUCGAGAGCGGCGGCGAGGUUCCGUAUCCGGGCUACACCCCACUCCAAGCAGCGGUCGGAGUUGUACAGCGCGGCUUGCGACCGGCGAUCAGCACUUCAUGCAACCCGAAGCUGGCGCAGGUGAUGCAAUCAUGUUGGUUGGCGGACGCCACCCAACGACCGGGUUUUGAGCAAAUAAUAUCCCUGCUCAAAAGUAUAGACACACAAAAAGCCGAGACGGACGGGAAGCACGGUUUCUUCGAUCGCUUACGAUCCGUCAGCUUCAAAUCGAAGAAAAAUGCCCCCGCACGCUCGAGUUAA